AUGCGGCAAAGAUAUUUCACGAGCGUUGGACAGAGCGGGACAGGUCUGCUGGAGCUCAUCGCUGAAAUGAAAAGCGGUCAAACCCUCAUGGCUCCGCUGGCUUUCGAUGUUGGCGACCUGAUUCCCAGUUGCAUCGUUCUGUCUGCGGCACCACACGGCCUGUUGCUCAAGCUACCUUCGCAGGAAGCUCCGGCACUUCUCCCCAACCAGGUCGCUCGGGAUGAAUUUGCAAUUGGUCAAGAGGUCCAGAACCUCCUCGUUGCAUGUCUCUACUCGGAUGCUCGAUCGGCAAGCGUUGUGGUUCCGGAAACCGUCGCGGAGGAAAUGGUUGCAGCUGCCGAUUCAGAAGGUGUGAUCACCGAAAGAAGUGCGAGCAGCUUCGCUGCGCGAGGCCGGUGGGGAAGAUCGAAGGAGCAGCCCGGAGCAGAAAAGACACCUACGGAGGAUGCGGACAUGCAGCAAGACGACGACUCCUCCAGGCUCAUGCCCUUCCUGGUUGGCAGCCGUGCAGCCGAAACCACCUACUCGAGCGUGGCACAACAACCUGGAUCUGUCAACCUCGCGGCUGGCUCAGCCAUGGCAUGGCCCAGGAAACAUCCUGUUCCGGAGCAGCAGGAGUCGGAAGGCCCGAGCUACUCGAAGCAGCAGCUCCUACAAUUGCGACCAUCCAUUCUGGAUGGGAAUGAACUUGAACACAAUGAAGCAAGCGUGCUGACGUCGAUGCCAUGUCAGCAGGAGGAAGUUGAUGAGAGGAUGUUGCACAUGGUGAUUAGGCAUCAUCAGCUCCCGGUUUGGUGGGCGCGUUGCCGCAAGGAGGCCAAGCUCCAAGCGUUUCGCGUGGCCUGUCGGAUCGGUCGCCUGCGACUGUCAAAGCAGCUGCACACGGAUGCCCAGACUGUUGGGAUAGAUGCGGCAGCUGUCUCCGAGACGCUUCAGGAGAUGUGUCUCGACAUGCAGUCUGCCGCUGGUGCAAGAGCUUCCACCAAAAAGAAGCGAUCUUGGUGGCCGAAAAACUCAUCAUCAGGAGAGCUGAUGUCAGCAGUCGAAGCACAAGCCAUCGCAGCAUGGACUUCUGCUUCCUUGAGUUUGGCGACCGUUCCUGCGGCCUUUGUCGCGGCAUGGUUGUUAGAGCUGGGGGGGCCAGUUGGCCUAUUGCUGCCCGAGUCACCAGGAGAGGAGGCGCUGUCAGCCCGGCUGCGUGGCUUGCGUCUCCUAGGAGAGUUGGGACCUUCACAUUCGAUCCCUGACUCCUGCACCAUGAUGGCAUCCAUUGCUGGAUGUCUGCGGGAUCCAGAGGCUCGUGGAAGGAAAGCGGCAGCUGAAGCUUUGGGCAACUUCGGACCAACAGCGGCAGAAACGCCUCGCGCUGUGCCCAGGCUGCUGAGGCUAGUCAAGCAGGACCGCGACGUCUCGGUGAGAGAGGCAGCUGCCCGCGCUCUCGGGUGCUUGGGCCGCGAUGGUUUAGAAGCCAUUUUGGAAGAUGGUGGGCUGGAGCACAAAGACUUGGAGGUGAGGGGCUGUGCGGUGCUCGCAGUUGGAUGGAGCGGCGUUGCAGGCCGUGACUGCGUGGAUAGGCUGGUAA